AUGGACCUACAACAACAACCUAUUAACGAAAAAGCUAACACUUCUCCACCUGUUAUUGACAUUAAUGAAAUUGGAUGGAUAUUCGUACAAGAGUAUUAUACUUUCUUACAUAAACAACCAAAUCGUCUUCAUUGCUUUUAUGGAAAAAAUUCUCAUUUUAACCAUGGUGUUGAAGGUGAAAUAGUAAAAACCUUGAUCGGUGAUAAGGAAAUCAAAGAAAAAAUUAAAUCAUUGAAUUUUGAAAAAUGUAGAGUUGCUGUGACAAGUGUGGACUGUCAAGCAUCAAAAGAUAAUGGAAUAAUCAUUCAAGUAUUGGGCAUGAUGAGUAAUCAUGACGAACCAUCUAGAAAAUUUGCACAAACAUUUUUUCUUGCCACGCAACCGAAUGGAGGUUCAGCUGCUCAAAUUAUCACUAAUACACAAACCAUUGCCAAAACUCAAACAUCUCCUGUACCCAUUGUAAAUGAUAAACCUAUUCCUAUUCAACAAUCCACUUCACUUCAAAACCAUCAUGUUGUUGCUAAUACUCCCAUUCAAUCAACAGCCAAUAGUCAAUCCACACAAACUAAAUUACCUCUAGUAAACGUUAAUAAGUCACCAAAAUUGUUGCCCCAAGAUAUUAGUCAAACUAUUAGCAAAGUUGAUGACGAACAAUUAACUACUACUGACACUAUAAAUGAACCCGAACCUGCAUUAGAAAAUGAAAUUACAACAAAUGGUGUAGAUAAAGCUCAAAAGACCAACAAUGAACAAGUUAAAAACACUAUUCAAGAACCUGUUAAAAAACUUACUUCAAUUACAUGGGCAAAUUUAGCUGCAAAUAAUGCUGAUAAAUGGAAUAAUGAAGCUUUGUUAGACCCUAAAGGACAUGUGACAACUGUUACUACUCCUAUAGUAAAAAAUCAAAGAAACUCAUUACAGCAACAAAAACGUGAUAAUCAUGAUAGUCAUGAUCGUUCUCAAGAUGGACAAAGAAUUGGUGUUCGUCGUGUCAGUGAAACAGGAUUUUCCAUCUAUGUCAAAGGUGUUAAACCUGGUAUGACUUAUGAUUUAUUGAAGGGUAAAUUUUCAAAAUUUGGUAAUGUUAAACAUCUUGACGUUGUUCCUACAAGAAAUUGUGCAUUUGUAGAAUAUUCUUCAUCAGAAGCAUAUCAGUAUGCCCUCAAUGCAAAAUCUAUUGAGGUGAAUAAUGUCACUCUUUAUAUUGAAGAACGUCGACCCCCUCGACGCAAUAAUUAUAAUAAUAAAGGUGUUCAACAACAUAAUAGAAAUUAUUAA